AUGUCUGACACGCCGUCCAACGUUCGUAAUUACUUCAAAUUAGAACUUUUAAUAGCUCGUUCGCAUGUCAUACUUCGUCAGAUGUUUAAAAAGCGAUAUUCGCUAUUCACUGGUGGUCAAAUAUGGGACGAUUCAUCGGCAUGUGGAGGUAAUUAUUCAGUUAAUGUCAUUGGAAAAAGAAAAAAUAUUAAUUUAACAUCUGUACAAAAAAUAGCAGUUCAAAAUGGGGAUUCAAAUGAAUGGGAUUUAACAACAUUAACCGCUCUUUUAUUAAAUAGUGACCGUCCUAAAACUCUUAUCGCAAGUCAAAUACAACAAUUCGAUAACGAAGAUGUACUGUUAAAUCAAUUAAGAGAUAUUCGUAACAUGUUAGCUCAUCAUAAAUCAAAAAAUAUUAACGAUAUCGAAUUUAAUCAGCUAUGGUCUAAGGUAAUGGUUAUUCUAGUAGCUUUGGGCGGCAUAAAAUGUGAAUUAGAGGAAUUAAAAGGUGACAGUGUAUUUGAUCCAUCUGCUCAAUCGACAAAUGAAGAAAAUUCGAAUGAAGCUAUGCGUCUAAAUUCAUUAGGUAGGCAAGCUCAUGGAUCAGGUCAAUUUAAUGAGGCUAUAACGUUAUUUACAAAAGCGAUCGUCUUAUCAGGUGUUGCAAAUCAGAGUCGUGCCAUCAUCUAUUCAAACUUAAAUUCUACCCGUCUAGCUCUCUAUGAACAAAACUCAAGCUUUUUAUGCAUGCUGAAUAUAGAACAGUCGACAGAUGAACGGUAUCGUGCAUUACAGGACGCAAAACAAGCUCGAAUUCUUGCCCCUACAUGGUGGAAAAGUCAUUUUUGUGUCGGCAAAAGCUAUGCUAUUUUGAAUGAGCAUGAGAAAGCGAUCGUUUCAUUUGAACGAGCAUUAGCUCUCGAUCCCAGUAAUAGUGAAAUACGUGAAGCACUCGAUGAUAGUCGUCACGUACAUGGUCAACAAUCGCGACGCGAACACCUUGAUCCAAGACUUCAACCAAUAACAAUGGAAGAGCACUUAAAUGAAAUGAAAGAAAAAAUAGGUAUGGAUCCACAAAUAAUACGAUCAGGACACCAAGUUUGUGAAAAAAUGUUUCCGUCUGAAGCUGAUGUGGUCAGAGGACAUAAAUAUGAACAUGGUGAUAUCGAUGUUAAGCAAGAUUAUGAGCAAGCUGCUAAAUACUUCGCUAAAGCAGCUAGGCAGGGUAACACUGAAGGAAUGUAUAAUUUAGCUCGAUUGACAGAUAAUGGUUUAGGUGUGAAAAAGGAUCACAAUGAAGCUUUUAAAUUAUACAAACAAGCAGCUGCACAAUCACCACAACAUCCUAUACUUAAGGGUGUCCGAAAUACCGGUGUAGCCGAAGCUGAACAUGCUCUAGCGCUGAAAUAUAUGGAAGGUAUUGUCGUUCACAAGAAUCUAUCAGUAGCUACUAUGUGGUAUCAGCGCGCUAUUGAUCAUGGUAGUCCUACAGCAGCCAACAAUUUAGCUAUAAUGUAUCAGCAUGGCGAGGGUGUCAAUAAAGAUCUUGACAAGGCCAAAGAACUAUAUGAAUUAUCAUCAAGAAGAGGUGAUCCAAAUGCUAUGUUAAACUUAGCCGAGCUCUUAUUGGAUAAAAAUGACCUUGAAAUGUCUCGAAUUUGGCACGAUAGAGCCUGCGAAGCAGGCAAUAUACAAGCUCAAUCGAAUCGUCACGAUUUUCAAUUACUUUUAAAUAUCAAACAGCAGUAUUUACGUCAUCAUCAACCGAAUAUUGUGGGAAUGAGGAAUGAAUGCGAAAAUCUCGAUUUAUCAAACACAGUAAAGCCUAUUAAGAAACUUUCUCAUAGUAAACUUGUAUAUAAUCUUGACGAAUUGAAUGAAUAUGGUGAACGUGGCUCAAUAACCGCUAAAACGAUGUACACUGCUUUGCAACAUUUUACUCAAGCUUCUAAUGUACUUAAAAAAUCACAAACUUUAACGAAAGAACAAGAAAAGCAAUUCGUAUAUGAACUUGCACAAUGUUAUCGUACUGAAUAUAACGUAGCUCCAGUGUCAAGCGUUGAAAUACGUGAAAAAGCGGAUAAAAUUGUUGAUCGAAUACUCGAAGAUUUUGCUACUCAAACAGAUGCUAUGCCUUCACAACUUGAUGAAGAUGUUCGAACAUGUUAUGCUACAUUACAUAGAGAAUCUAAAGAACUAAUCGUUCAAUUUCUCGAACCAUGCAAACAGAGGUAUCCAAAAUCGAUCUAUUUUUUUCAAUUAAGUGCAGCAUUAAAUAGUUUACUAGGUCAUUAUGAAGCUACUUUGUAUGAUAUUAAUGCUGGUCUCGAGAUAGAUCCAAAGUGUUACAUACUUUUGUACCAAAAAGCGGUCAUACUGAAUUUCUUCGAUCUUCAACCAAAUGAAUUGAUCGAAGCUCAUCGAGCAUUCUUAGCAGUCGCACCCAAGGAUCAUCCAAAAGUUCCCGAAAUGUAUUAUGCAAUGGGCACUUAUUAUUUACUAAACGAUGAAGGUAUGGUACUGAUAGAUACAAUUAAAACAAUUUAUGAGCUUGGUCAAGAAGCAGAAAAAAUACAGUUGCCAUAUUUCCUACCGUAUGAAUCUAACAUAAGAGAUAGACUUAAAAAUGUAUUUGGCAUACAAACUCCUCGAAAUGACGAAAACGUCGUACUCUCUACUCGUAGAAAACGUCUAACAAAUCAGCAUCGAAUUGAAAUUAUUAAAAAGCAUCGAGAAUGGAUGGCCUACGCAUUACAAGUAAGGAAUAAUUCAAAGUUGAUCCUUGUAUCUGAAACCCAGAGACCUCGUGUUAAGCAAUAUAUAGCCAAAUCAUUAAUUGGUUUGAAAGCUAUUUCAAUAAGAGAAAUGAACCCAACGAAAGAUCAUGUUUAUAGUGGCUAUGUUUUAUCGGUAACAAUUAUCGAAGCAGCUAAUGCAUGGACUCCAUCAAUUCAUCUUGUUGUUGAAGAUGAAAAUUUUGAUUCUGAACGAAUGUUUGUAUAUGGUUUUCUCGAAACACAAGGCGAACGUUUAAUUAAUGAAGUGUUUACAAUUGGUAGUAAAAUGAACAUAAUUAAUCCAUAUUUACGUUUAGGCGCUAAUGAUCAUGAACCCUUAGUUCGAGUCGAUGACUUUGCAUCGAUCAUUAUGCAUAGUGAAUCUGAAAGAAUAAUAAAUAUGUGUCGUUGUUGCGGAGAAGGAAAUGCAUCACAUGUUUGCGGCAAAUGUAAACAAGCGCGUUACUGUUCAAAAGAUUGUCAAAUUAUGGAUUGGAAAUUAUAUCAACAUAAACUUAUAUGUAAAAAACAGUGAAUAAUAUUAUCAUUUAUCGCAUAUUAUUUCCUUUGAACUUAUGAUUCAUUUUUGUGUUGCUGUUUCAUUUCAUUUAAAUACCUAAUUAAACUUUAUUUCAAUAAUAAAAACACAAUAAGUAUUUUGAGUUAUGAAUAUGAUUAGUAUUUAAAGAGUAUCAGUUUAUUUCUCACAAGACUUGUUCUUAUUUUUUUACAUAAAAACCUGAGU